AUGUAUUCCUUGACUAGAAGAUCCUUAUUGAAGGUUGGCCAAGCGCAGCCAAUGAAGGUCGUGCCAUUCAUGGCUGCCUCCCGUUAUAUCUCCUCCAAGGAUUUGACGCCCAAGCCGUUGCCCACCGACUUCACCUUGUUGUCCCAGAAGACUGCCUCCAGUCCUGUGGACUAUGCCUUGACCUCGUUGGACGCUAUUGCCAACUGGGCCAGAAAGUCAUCGUUCUGGCCAGUCACUUUCGGUUUGGCGUGCUGUGCCGUCGAAAUGAUGCAUGUGUCCACUCCUCGUUACGAUCAAGAUAGAUUGGGUAUCAUUUUCAGAGCCUCCCCUCGUCAAUCGGAUAUCAUGAUUGUUGCUGGUACAGUCACCAACAAGAUGGCUCCAGCCUUGAGACAAGUGUACGAUCAAAUGCCCGACCCAAGAUGGGUCAUUUCCAUGGGUUCGUGUGCUAACGGUGGUGGAUACUACCAUUACUCAUACUCGGUGGUCAGAGGCUGUGACAGAAUCGUUCCAGUCGACAUCUAUGUUCCAGGAUGUCCUCCCACUGCCGAGGCUUUGAUGUACGGAGUUUUCCAAUUACAAAAGAAGAUGAUGAAGACCAGAAUCACCAGAUUGUGGUACAGAAGUUAA